AAGCAAAUAUAAUGAGAAAACAUGUGUGGGUCAAAGAAAUACCCACAAACACAAGAGAUGCAGUCAGCCUAGUCGUUAUGCUAAGGUCUGUCCUAAAACUAAAGCCAUUUGAGUUUAUUUGCAACCAAACAAGAGCUGCUGCUGCCUCUAAUUGUCAGCGAAAGAUUGGAAUGACGGUCGAUAGGGUGUACCUGCGUAAUGACGCCAAUAGCCAAGAUCUACACAUAAACUUUCGUUACACCAAUGCAGAGCUGAACAUAGACAGGGACUUCAAUUUCUGUCGUAAACUGGAUGAAAAGCUAGAAGGUGCUCUAACUCGCAUACGUGGAAAUAUUGAGAAGCAAUUCAACAAGAAACUUAAAAAAGUGAAACGCAAAUCGCCGGCUGAAGUUCAGGAACCUUUGUCCGAAACCGUAACAGAUGGCAGUGGAGAGUUGAUCGUAGAGUUUAGGAGAAGCAAUGAUAAACUGGAAGAUCUAACUUUUGCUGAAAUCCUAAAUAACAACUCAGCCAACUUGACUUUGCACAUUCUGGACAAGACUUAUAAUGUGGUGCUAAAUCAGCCUUGGAUAGUCAAUUUGGUUUUGCCAACAUGUAUAAUGGCUGGAUUUGCCGUGUAUCCAAGUAAGUUGGAAAUGAAGUACACGGAUAAAGCGUUCUGCAAGGCCGAAUGGUUUAAAGGAAAAAUGCCUCCUUCCGGCAAUGUUCAACAUGCCAACUGGUCCAAAUGUGGAGAAGGCUUCUUUUACGAAACCUCCAACGAAGAUGUGGGUCAUUUGCUAAAAUUUGUUUUGACACCUGGCAAUGCGGCUGGGAAUGUCGGCCCUGCCGUGGAGCAUAUAAGCAAAAACGAGGUCCAAGCAGGACCUGGUCAGUGUCCUUUUGAAACAAGACACCUAUUCACCCAAACCCGCCUGCAAGAUGACUCUUUUCGUGUGGUAUCCUACAACAUCCUAGCCGAUUUGUAUGCAGACAGUGACUAUUCUCGCUCCUAUUUAUUUCCCUACUGUCCAGCCUAUGCUCUAAAGGUGGAAUAUCGCAAACAAUUGUAUAUAAAGGAACUGUUGGGUUAUAAUGCUGAUAUUAUCUGCCUGCAAGAGGUUGAUAAAAAAAUCUUUGAAUACGAUUUGAAACCGGUGCUUGAAGAUCAAAACUUUAAGGGCAUAAUUGCCGAGAAGGGUUCCUGUGGUGAGGGCAUAGCCACAUUCUUUCGUACAGAUCGUUUUGAUUUGCUUGAAAGCUAUAGCAUAAAUAUUGGCGAGCAACUUAAUACGUUGGAGGCCUUUAAGGAUUUGUGGCAAAAAAUUCAAUCCAAUAAAAAGCUGGUCGAACGCAUCUGGAAUCGUAGUACAACAUUACAGUUAAAUUUGUUGAAAAUGAAAAAUGAACGGUACAUUUUGGUGGCCAAUACCCAUUUGUAUUUCCAUCCCGAUGCCGAUCACAUACGGCUUUUACAGUUUGGAUUUUCUAUGCUUUAUCUUGAGGAUAUUUAUAAGAAGACCCUACAGAAAUUUAAUCUAGAAAAUGAAAAACAAUUGGCUAUUGUAUUUUGUGGGGAUUUCAAUAGCGUUCCCGAAUGUGGCAUUUAUCGCUUGAUGACAGAGCGUUUUGUGGAUAAGGAUUUCAUAGAUUGGAGUAGCAAUGCUGAAGAGGCUGUGCAAGAUGUUUCUCUAGGUCAACCAUUUGCUAUUAAAUCGGCUUGUGGUACUCCUGAAUAUACCAAUUAUACACAUUUAUUUGCUGCAUGUCUGGACUAUAUAUUUUACCAGUGCGAUCGUUUGGAAGUGGAACAAUUUGCUCCUUUGCCCACGAAUGAGGAACUGAAAGCUAACACUGCCAUACCAUCAGUAGUCUUUCCAUCUGACCAUUUAGCCUUAAUAGCUGAUUUAAAAUUCAUAGCCAAUUAAAUAUGAUUACAGUGGAUAUAGAUUAUGGCAAAUAAAGUGAUAACGUGUGACAAAAAUA